CCCUAUAAUAAACGACUUUCAGAUUGAUUGUAUAUCUUUAAUCGUGGUAUAUAUUAUUUUUUUUUUUUACGUAAUGACUUCAGCUGAUGAUAACCGAUUGGUGGUGGGUCGACGGAUGUUGUUUUUCUUCCCUUUAUCUUUUUUGUUUGUUUUCUCGUCUCCUCCCGUCGUCACUGAUAUUUCGUGAUUAUUCAAUAGUUGAUAUUGUUCAGUGUCAACGGCGAGUUAAUUUGUUUACGUCGUUCAUUGGCGUGUCGCAUUCAAUUCGAACAACAGUAAACAAUAAAACACACACAUUAAGAGCUCAAUACCUUUUACCCGACCACACAUGCGCUCGUCUGUACCCCACUCACCGCCGCUGCAUUCGUUGUCACCAAUACUAAACGUGGAUCAGUAAUUGGAUCAAACGACAGCAACGUUCGUCUCGUAACUUACCACGUCCGCCAUCAGAUAUAAGCACGGUUUUUGAUUAAUUGUCUAUCACAGUUACCAUGUAUACGACGUAUCAACUACUGUUGACCAUUGGAAUGGUCAUCACAGGAUCUAUAAACACACUUAGCGUUAAAUGGGCUGACAAGCUUAGAUCUAUUGGUUCAGAUGGUAAAGAACGUAAUUUUGACCAUCCUUUUGUUCAGUCAUUAACAAUGUUUCUUGGAGAAUUUUUAUGCUUGUUAUUCUUCAAACUUGCAUAUAUGUAUCAUAUUAAAAAACAGUACUCUAUUGAAGAUAGUCCAAUUGUUAAAGGCAAUCAACAAUUCAAUCCAUUUUUAUUCUUUAUUCCUGCAAUGUUUGACAUGAUAGCUACUACACUUAUGUAUGUUGGUCUAACAAUGACCUAUGCAUCUAGUUUUCAAAUGUUAAGAGGUUCUGUGAUAAUUUUUACUGCUAUUUUUUCAAAAAUAUUUGUUCAUCGACAAGUAUCUAUACGGCAUUGGCUAGGAAUAUUUACAAUAAUUAUUGGAUUGGGCACAGUUGGUAUAUCAGAUUUAUUGUCUCCUGGAUCAGAUUCUCAAAAUUCUAAACAAAUUAUUCUUGGUGACUCAUUGAUCUUAUUUGCUCAGAUUAUAACAGCUGCUCAAAUGGUAUAUGAAGAGAAAUAUGUUGUCACAAAUGACAUACCACCAUUACAGGCUGUUGGUUGGGAAGGUGUAUUUGGAUUUCUGAUGAUGAGUUUUCUUUUAGUACCAUUUUACUAUAUUAAAGUUGACAUUUUUGCUAAUAAUAAUUCUCGUGGUGUUAUUGAAGAUUUUCCUGAAGCUAUUACUCAAAUUAUGAAUAAUAAAAUUAUUCUACUUGCAUUAAUUGGUAACAUAAUAAGUAUUGCCUACUUCAACUUUUCUGGUAUAAGUGUUGCUAAGGAAAUAUCUGCGACUACUAGAAUGGUUUUAGACUCUGUAAGAACAUUCUUCAUUUGGACUUUUUCAUUAGCAGUUGGCUGGCAAGAAUUCCAUCCUCUUCAGCUGGUUGGUUUCCUGUUGUUACUUAUUGGAAUGUGCAUAUACAAUAAUCUAUUAAGAGCUGUACCUAGAAGAUUAAGAACUGUUGUACACUAUCCAACAGAUGAACCAAUUAUUGGAAGUGAAGCAUAAGAAGAUUAAUGUUUUUAGGGGCGCAUGUAAAUUCCUCCCAAAAUUAACUACAGGUAAAAUAAGGUACAUGUAAAUUUCGCCCAAAAAAAAUUGAUAAUUAAUAAACACUUCAUACAUAUAACUUAUAAAUUAUAAAUAAGAAGUUCUUAUUACUUGAUGAAGUUUAAAAGCUUAAUGUUUUUUUUUUUUAUU